GAUUUCGACGUUUCUGUCCGCGACCGAUUGUUUUGCUUUCAGUGCGAUUUUCUCAAACCCACAUUGCAAAUACCGCAAAUAGAUACCGGUUUAAAUCUUAAAUGUUUUAGUUUUUGCUUGAAAUAGAGAAAUGGUUUAUUAAUUGGAAUACAUACGGUUGGUCAUAAUGUUCAAAUUCGCAUCGUUUCACACUCGUUGCUUUCCCAUUCUGUCGGAAUCACGGUUAAUCCGCGUUGUAUCAUGUGGCUUGCGUCAUCGUCGGGUGGCGGAAAUUCAUUCCCAUUCUGCUGACCAGUGCAACCGUGGAGAUGAUCUCCCGAUAGGAGUCGAGUCGAUGACAGACCCUACGAAGGUACAACGUGCAACAGCUCUAUGGAAAAAGGAAGAGCUCAUGGGCCGUAUCAAUGCGCUGCUUAAGUGCAACCCCGAGGACUCGGAACGGGUGUACCUAGUUAACAAGAAAACACUGAAAACGGUUCCGCCUAAGCACAUUACGAAUAACAUCCAACUGCUGCUGGACCAAGGGAUCACCGAAAGCUCUAUACUAAACCAUCCGAAGAUCCUGUCCAUCAGCCAAGAUGAACUGAAGAAGAAGCUGGACUGUUUGGUAAAAUUUAAAGAUUUACAAGACAUCAAUCACGUUGUGCCAUUCCUAAACAUUUCUCUGGAUGUGCUUGAAAAGGUCGUCGAAAAAUCGCAAAACGAAAUGAUCGAGCACGGGAACAGAAUUUACUAUUUGAAUGCACAAACAGGAGUGGACGUGGAAACGAUAAGCCGCUACUUCGCCACCAGCAUUCGAGUCUACAAAAUAGCAUUGGAAAAGUUCAAAUUGAAUCUUGCCUACUGUCUGAAGCAUCUUGAACCGUCCGACAUCGUAAGGCAUCUAUCGGUGCUGGCGUACGCCAGCUCGUCAAUCGUUGAAAGGUUGCAAAUGCUGAAGAACUCCCCACUGCAAAAGAUCAAACCCUGGAUGGUACGAGUACCGAAUCUUGCCUUGGAAAAAUCGUUCGAAAAAGUCAUAGAAAAGGGUGCCGAUCCAACGUUCAAAGAUCCACUGACAGAAGUGUGGUUCGAGAACCAUGUGCUUAAGAGGCUGGAAUGUCUGCUGGACUGUAGCGAAAAAGAGGCCAAAUCCUGCUAUGAUGCGUGCAAAGGAGCAGUUUCAUUACUGGAAAACGUUGAACAAUUGUUGGAAAGGCAGAUAAAAAAAGAAACUAUUUUGCAGAAUCCGGCUGUGCUGGUCGCGAAAAAGCAAGAACUUGCUACAAAAGUAAAUAAACUAGCUGAACUAGUGGGACUGCGAGACAUGAACGAUUUGAUUCCACUAUGUACGCUAAAGCCAUAUCAAGUGAUAAAAAUCGUAAACUCAAUGAACAAUGAAAGCUUUCCGAACAAUAGCAACAGGAUCUACUACUUCGCCGAUAAGGCGAGGUUGCAACCGGCCGAAAUUGCCAGACAGUUUGCUCGAAGGACCUUCAUGUUCCGCAUUCCGAAGGAGAGCUUCAUAGAGAAUCUGGACCAUUUCGUAGACAACAUGGACAGCGAAGACGUUCUGGCCGAUCUGUGGGCAUUCAAGUAUUCUCCGGCAGUGGUCGCGGAAAGGAUAGCUCGAGCGAAAAGAGUCCGGGGCAAGAAGGUAAUGCCCUGGAUGGUACGAUGUCCCGAUACCGUGCUGGAAAAGUCCCUUCAACUUACCAAAGAGAACGGAGAACUGCUGGGUGAAAAUGAAACCAUCGUCGAGUAUUUUGGCAAGCGGUUGGGUUUCAAUCGGGAUAUAACAAACUCUAUUUUCCUGAAAACACCUUCGGUGCGCAAUGUACGAGUUACGAAGGUGAAAAAGGUGAUCGACUACCUGCUAGAAGAACUGGACUACACUCCGCACGAUAUUGCGAUUAAUCCAAGGAUACUGAUGCAUAGCCUUCAUACUAUCAAAAAGCGCAUGGAACAAUUGAGGCAGAUUGGAUGCCGACCGCGAUCAUUGAUCAUUGUCUGCAGGAGCCAACGGCAGUAUGACCUGUUCGUUAAAGAAUGGGAAGAUGCUAAGGAGCGCAGGAAUCGAGCACUCGCCGCUGGUGGGAGCUAGUAUGUUCAAGUAGGUAUGCUGCUUUAUUAUGUUAGUUAAUGUAAAUUGUCUUUAUGAUAUAA